AUGGAGCUGCUGUCGCCUCCUCUCCGCGACGUGGAACUGACGGUGUCGGAAAGCUCUCUCUGCAACUUCGCCACGGCGGACGACUUCUACGACGACCCUUGUUUCGACUCCCCGGACCUGCGCUUCUUCGAGGACCUGGACCCGCGCCUGGUGCACGUGGGAGCCAUCCUGAAGCCCGAAGAACACGCGCACUUCCCCGCCACGGUGCACCCCAGCGCGGGCGCCCGCGAAGAGGAGCACGUGCGCGCGCCCAGCGGGCACCACCAAGCCGGCCGCUGUCUCCUGUGGGCCUGCAAGGCGUGCAAACGCAAGACCACCAACGCCGACCGCCGGAAGGCCGCCACCAUGCGCGAGCGGCGCCGCCUGAGCAAAGUCAACGAGGCCUUCGAGACGCUCAAGCGCUGCACGUCCAGCAACCCCAACCAGAGGCUGCCCAAGGUGGAGAUCCUGCGCAACGCCAUCCGCUACAUCGAGGGGCUGCAGGCGCUGCUGCGGGACCAGGACUCCGCGCCCCCCGGCGCCGCCGCCGCCUUCUACGCGCCGGGACCGCUGCCCCCGGGUCGUGGUGGCGAGCAUUACAGCGGCGACUCGGACGUGUCCAGCCCGAGGUCCAACUGCUCCGACGGCAUGAUGGACUACAGCGGCCCUCCGAGUGGUGCCCGAAGGCGGAACUGCUACGAAGGCACUUACUACAGCGAAGCGCCCAGCGAAGCCAGGCCUGGGAAAAGCUCCGCCGUGUCCAGCCUCGACUGCCUGUCCAGCAUCGUGGAGCGCAUCUCCACCGAGAGCCCCGGCGCGCCCGUGCUGGUGCUGAGCGACGCGCUGCCGGAGUCGUCUCCGGGUCCGCAAGACGGAGUGGCCGCCCCGAGCGAGAGCGAGAGCGCCCCGACUCCUUCCCCAGAGGCGGCCCCUCCGUGCCCCGCGGGCGCCAACCCCAACCCCAUCUAUCAGGUGCUCUGA